UUGCCAAUAAGUAUCAUUCCUGUUCGCCAUCUAAAUUUGCAAGAGUACCAAAGUAAACAGCUGAUGUAUGAUAAUGGAAUAACUGUCCAGAAGUUCAGGAUUGCCUCCAGCAUAAAUGAUGCAAAGGAAAUAUCAAAGACUUUCAAAGUGAAUGAAUUUGUAAUCAAGGCACAAAUUCUGGCUGGUGGCAGAGGAAAAGGAGAAUUUUCUAGUGGUCUUAAAGGUGGUGUCCAACUAACAAAAAACCCAGAAGAUGUUCCGGCAUUUGUCGAGAAGAUGUUAGGGCAUAAGCUUGUCACUAAACAAACUCCAAAAUCUGGUGUAACUGUAAACAAGGUAAUGAUUGGAGAGGCUGUUGAUAUUGCAAGAGAAACCUAUUUGGCAAUUCUGAUGGAUCGUGAGAGUGGUGGCCCUGUCAUUGUGGCCAGUCCUGCAGGUGGGAUGGACAUUGAGGAUGUGGCCCACAAAACACCUCAUCUCAUUUAUAAGGAACCCAUUGACAUCGUGAAAGGAAUUACUGAUGAGCAAGCUAAAAGCAUUGCUCAGAAAUUGAAUUUUGAAGAUGAAUUACUUCAACAGGCUGCUGACCAAAUAAAAAAGCUGUACAACUUGUUUAUCAAAGUAGAUGCCACACAAAUCGAAAUUAAUCCUUUUGGAGAAACUAAAAAUAGGAAAGUUCUUUGUUUUGAUGCGAAGUUGAACUUUGAUGAUAAUGCUGAAUUCCGACAGAAGAGUAUCUUUGAGAUGGAUGACCACUCUGAGAGUGAUCCACGUGAAGUAGAUGCCUCCAAGUAUCAUCUGAAUUACAUAGGAAUGGAUGGCAAUAUUGCCUGUAUGGUGAAUGGAGCAGGCCUUGCCAUGGCAACCAUGGACAUCAUCCACAUGUAUGGGGGACAUCCUGCUAAUUUUCUAGAUGUGGGUGGUUCAGUCAAAGAGGAUCAAGUAUUGCAGGCAUUCAGGAUACUCACCUCAGAUGAAAAAGUGAAGGCUGUUUUAGUUAAUAUAUUUGGUGGAAUCGUGGACUGUGCCAUCAUUGCUCGGGGAAUCACCAAUGCCUGUAGAAAUAUUCAACUGAAAGUGCCCCUGGUUGUCCGCCUUGAAGGCACUAAUGUGGGUGAAGCUAAAAGUAUUUUAGCUAACAGUGGAUUGCCAAUCAUAACUGCAUCAGAUUUAGAUGACGCUGCCAAGAAAGCUGUGGCUAGUCUUAACUAACUAGUUUUUCAAGCCAAAAACUGCCAGAUUUGUUUCUUCAGGGACUGUGAAUGAGCUUCAUUUGUUAUGAGAAUAGGUUAUGAGCAUUCCUAUAAGAUACAGUAUGUUUUUUUCAAAACCUGUAUUUUAAGAAAUGAAAAAUAUGCCCACAGUAAUCAUGUUAAAGUGCAAUUAAAUAUAUUUUUGGUAUAGACUAAAAAGAAAGUAAUCAAGUAUUUUAUUAGUACUUAUAUUGAGUAUAAUUUUUGAACAUAAUAUUCUAUAUUGAAGUGAGUAAAUCAUUUAAAUGAAUGUUAAUUGUUGCACCACUGAAGAGUUUAUUAUAUUUAAAAAAUAAUUAUUAAAUUUGUCUUAAUUAUUUUUCAGUGAAUUCUCACAAAAUAGUUCAGGUUUCAAAUAAACUUAUAGUAAUUAAUUGCAGAAAUUUGAUUACUUUGUACAAGUUAGAUGAUUUAUUUGUUCAUUUUAGUUUCAUGAAAUUCUGUUCCCAACGAAUAUGUACUUAUUUUUAGUUGUCAUUCCAAGCUCUGCAUUUUAUCCAAUUGCAUUGUGUAUUGUAAAAGUUAUUUAAAUUAGUCUAACAUCAAAACGCUAUCCUACUAAUAAAAAUUUGAAUGGAUUUUAACAGAGACAGAAUUAUAAGUAUCACCAUCAAUAAAAUUAUUCUUGAAACAUACAGAACUCACCUAGUCAUUUAUCAAAUUUUUUGUUACAAUCUUUACAACAUUGAUCUAGUAUUUAAAUUUCUUUAAUGAAAAUAGAAAUUUCUGUUUGUUUAAUUGGCUUAUGUGUAGAAAUGUUAUUAAAAAUAGUUAAUCAAUGUUUCGGUUCAUUCAAUUUUUUUUACAAUUUUAUAUUUUGCAUAUCAUAAAUAAUAAUCAACCAAUUUCGAACUGAUUAAAAUGUUGCAAGUUGUUCAAAAGUAUAUUUUUAUGUUUGAGAUUUUAGCCUUUUGUAAUUAAUAAAAAUAUUUCUAAUAAA